AUGGAUAUCGAUCUCGAGCAGCUCGCUGAUGCACCUUACCAGAAGAAACAAACCUCAGCCAGCCCUCCCAGCCAGCGCCAGCAACAUGACGAAGACAGGCAUGUGAGACCUACAUCCAACGGCCCUUCCCCAGAUAGCCGUGCACGCAGCAGGAGCAGGCAUGACGAUCGUGGAGAUAGGCGCAGCCAUGAACGCAGCCGGGAUAGGUAUGCUCGAGACGACUACCGGCACAGGGACGAUUCACGCCGACGCAGUGACCAUCGCAGACGUUCGCGUUCUCCGACACGAGGCAGUCGCCACUAUGAUGACGACAGGGAUCGUCGUGGUUCUUCUCAUACACGCUAUCGCUCAUCACGCGACGACUAUAGCAGCAACAGUCGUCGUCCACGUUCCCCCGUUCGCGAAAAGACGCCUGAACUGACAGAAGCAGAGCGUGAUCAACGGACCGUCUUUGUACAGCAACUCGCUGCCCGUCUCCGAACAAAGGAACUCAUCCGCUUUUUUGAGCAAGCAGGUCCUGUACGAGAUGCGCAGAUCGUCAAGGAUCGGCUCUCGGGACGCAGUAAAGGUGUUGGUUAUGUUGAGUUCAAAUCUGCAGAGACAGUGCCAACAGCUCUUGCCAUGACUGGACAGCUCCUGCUCGGUCUCCCCAUCAUUGCUCAGCUUACGGAAGCAGAAAAGAACAGACAAGCGCGUGAAGGUGCAAUGACGACAAAAUCACAAGCAGCACCACCUAUGCCAGAUGCGCCCUUCCAUCGCCUCUACAUUGGCAAUGUCCACUUCAAUAUUGGUGAAGAUGACUUACGUGCAGUCUUUGAACCCUUUGGCGAGAUUCAACAUGCCUCAUUGCAAAUUGAUGGUGAUACUGGCAGAAGCAGGGGCUUUGGGUUUGUUCAGUUCAAGGACGCCGCUCACGCUAGGGAAGCACUAGAAACAAUGAAUGGCUUCGAGUUGGCUGGUCGAGCAAUUCGUGUUGGCUUUGGCAAUGAUAACAUUAAAGUGGGUACGGAUGCUGCAUCGACCGCUGCGCUUGCGAGUGCUGCAAGUGCCGCGCUUGCACCGCCUUCCGCGUCCAACAGGCAUCAAGAAGGUGCGUACAGCUCUAAUGACUUUAGUCGAGAUGGACGACGAGAAUCUGGCAGACGCCGAGAUCGCGAUGAACGUGAUGGCGGCAGUGGUAGGCGACAGAAGGACGUGUUGGAUGAUGGACGCAAUGGCUACCAAAAUAUCUCUAGGACUGAGCUCAUGCGUAAAUUGGCGCGCGCUGAAGAUGGCAUACAUGCACAACCUGCACCGCAUCUCGUGGACCAUGCAAAAGCACCGGAAGUCGCGCGUGGCAUCUUGCUCAAGAAUAUGUUUAACCCUGCAGAGGAGACUGGCGACAGCUGGACAACGGAGCUAGCAGAAGACGUCAAGGCCGAAUGUGAGGAGAAGUAUGGUCCUGUUGUGCACAUUCACGUUGAAGAGCACAGCCUGGGUGAGAUUUACAUCAAGUUCAAGACAAUGGAAGGCGGCAAAAAGGCCAUCCAGGGCUUGAAUGGACGCUGGUUUGGUGGACGAACAAUUGGCGCUAGUCCGCUGCUCGAUGCCAUCUACCAUACCAAGUUCCCAGAGACAAAGCAGUUGUAGCGCAUCCGCCUCUCGAAUGUCCCUUCGUAGAUUGAUCUUCUCAUAAAUCUCGGUCUCACCACACUCGCCAAACAAGCUACACCCGCCUCUGUCUGGCGCUGCCAUGUGGAAGCCCAAGCGCAGGGCCUCGAGCUCUUCUGAUGUACACAAAAAGAACCCCAAGUUGCCUGCAUGGAAAGCUCGUCUCAAACAGCUGCUAUCCUUGACUUCUCAUCAGCGACGUA